AUGGCCCCAACCCUUCCCCUCCUCAUCCUCCUCCUCACCACCCUCACCCUCGCCCAAACCUCCACAACCCCCUCCACCUCCACCUCCACCUCCAGCAUCAUCCCCGCCAUCAUCCCCAGCGCAUCCUCCUACACCUAUCUCGGCUGCUACAACGAAACUAGCAAUACGAAUACCACCGGCGGCUUACGAUCUCUCAAUGGAGGCGUCACGGAAGCGCUCGAUGUGAUGACUGUACCGCUUUGUAUGGCGUUUUGUAAAUCGAAUGGUUAUGCGUAUGCGGGGAUUGAGUAUACGAGAGAAUGCUACUGCGCGCAAUAUCUCUCUGCCCUCGCCUCCAAAGUCGAUGACUCCAAAUGCGAUCUUCCAUGUAAAGGAAACACGAGCCAGAUCUGUGGCGGGUCGUGGACGUUAUCAGUGUAUUUGCAGGAUGGGAGUAAGAAGGGAGAUGCGGGGGAGGGGAGGGGGGUGAGUGCGGGGAAACAGGCGUGGAUGGCGUUGGGGGUGGCGUUUGGAGGGUUGUUGGCUUUGUGUUAG